AUGAUGGCUCGUGGAGAUAAAGAGCUAAAGUGUUUGGGUCGAGAAGUUGAGCAAUUGAAGCAUGCUCUUGAAAGCAAGCAUUGGAAUGCGUCUAGUUUGGUUAUGGAGGCCUUGAAUUGUAUUGUUGAAUGUGCCAAUAAGUUCAGUGCCGACUUAGAUUUGGAAUGUAAACUUGAUGAAAUGAUUGUUGAUGCAUUCAACAUGAUUGAUGAACCAGAUAGGGAGAAAUUUGUGCUUCUUCUUCCGGAUCUUGUAUUUUUCAUGCGAGAUCCAAGAAACAUAUACCCAUCGAUAGAGCGAUACUUUGUGCCUGGAUGUCUUUUCUGCUUUGACAUUGCAGAGCUGGUUUUUGUCAUGAAAAAGGAGUUUGGAUUUGAGUUUGAUGAGUUUUUUAAGAACCUGCUGUUCUGUAUGAAUCCAGUAACGAUAGGACACCGCAUAGAAAAGAGACUGAUGCUGUUGAUGAUGGUGCUUGAAGACAAAUCCUCAACUCUGACGACAGUCAAGGCAGUAAUCAAGAAGUUGUGUAGUAUUUCGUUGUUAGUUGGAUCUGCAGAUUGCCACAAGAUUCUUUGGACAGUGCUGUGGAUUAUGAGACUGCAUCCCAUGGCAUAUUCAAUGGCACGAGCGGAAUCAUUUGUGAAAGAGUUGGAGUGGACAUCCAGGAUUACAUUUGAUGAAUUCCAGCCGUAUCUGUUUGAACUUGAUAUUCUAAGUGAAUCUGUGAAGGGGAUAAGGAACGUCAUAAGACAAAUAAAGGAUGAAGCAUGUGAUGUAAAGAAGCGACCAAGGCUCAUAACAUUUACGAAUUUUAUGUUUCCUGAGCUUGAGAUAUAG